UUCAAUGGAUGUUAAAAAAAAAAAAGCCAAAAAUCCCUAAAACCCUAACCUUUAUUCAUCCAAAACCCUAAAAACCGUGAAUGAAACAACGAUCCAAUAACAAUGGAAUCUCGACCUUCGGAAAAUUCCCAAUCUCUUCAAAACUUAGCUUCAGGUCCUCUCUGUUCUUCUAUUUCCUCACUCUCUUCUUCUUCUCGAGCCCUCCCUUCCAAUCAUGACUUUCAUUUCUUUAACAACUUCAACGUUUUCAAGCACCCAAUCGAUCAAAUCGCCAAAACAUCGGAUUCUUUGCUGGAAUCCAUCGGCUUAUCGGCUAAAACCUGGGGCGCCAACAAGGCGAUCAAUUUCCCUAACAACAUUGAAAGUAUAGCCGAUGAUGAAGCUUAUGAUUGGCUUGUUAAUAUCAACGACGAAAUCUUGGAACGGUUCGACGUUUCCAUGGACGAAUUUCAAAGGAUUCGAAAGAAAGAAGAGGAAACGGGUCGGUUUAUAGGGUCAGAUCCUGACAAUAAUGGAUUUCAGUUGGUUUACGGGAAGAAAAAGAAGAAAACGGAUAGUGGGUUAAUGAGUGACUUGGUUGGUGAGUCAGUGAGUGGGAAGGAAGGUGGGUCUUCGAGUUCGUCCGGAGUGAAGGUGAAGAACGGGGCGUUGGCUGUGGUGACGACGGGGAAAGCGAAGGUUCCGUUUCAUAUACCAACGAUACGGAAGCCGCAGGAAGAGUAUAAUAUACUUGUGAAUAAUACGAAUCAGCCUUUUGAGCAUGUCUGGUUACAGAACAGUGAGGAUGGGCAGCGUUUUGUUCAUCCACUGGAGAAGCUAUCUGUUGUGGAUUUUGUCGAUAAAGAUAUAGCAGAUAUUGAGCCUGUAAAACCCCCCUCUAUUGAAUCUACCCAAUUCAAGCUGGUGGAGGAAGCAAAAGAUUUGAAAGAGUUAGCAGCUAAAUUACGCGGUGUGAAUGAAUUUGCGGUUGAUUUGGAGCAUAACCAAUAUCGAUCUUUUCAAGGAUUGACUUGCUUGAUGCAAAUUUCUACCAGAACUGAGGAUUUUAUUAUAGAUACUUUGAAGCUUCGAAUUCAUGUUGGCCCAUAUCUUAGGGAAGUAUUCAAGGAUCCCACCAAGAAAAAGGUUAUGCAUGGAGCAGACCGGGAUAUUGUGUGGCUUCAACGGGACUUUGGCAUAUAUUUGUGUAAUCUAUUUGACACUGGACAGGCCUCAAGGGUCUUGAAAUUGGAAAGAAAUAGUUUGGAGCAUCUUCUGCAACACUUUUGUGGAGUUACUGCCAACAAAGAAUACCAGAAUGCAGAUUGGAGAUUACGUCCUCUUCCUGAUGAAAUGCUCAGAUAUGCUAGAGAAGACACACACUAUUUGCUGUACAUUUAUGAUUUAAUGAGAAUUGAAUUGCUAUCAAUGCCUAAGGAACCUGAACAUUGUGAUGCUCCUUUGGUAGAGGUCUACAAGCGAAGUUCUGAUGUAUGCAUGCAACUGUAUGAGAAAGAGCUACUGACAGAGAAUUCAUAUCUCCAUAUAUAUGGGUUGCAGGGGGCUGGUUUGAAUGCUGAGCAGCUAGCAAUUGUUGCUGGGCUUUGUGAAUGGCGAGACAUUAUUGCCCGUGCAGAGGAUGAAAGUACUGGUUAUGUAUUGCCAAACAAAAUACUUCUUGAAAUCGCCAAGCAGAUGCCUGUAACUGCUAGCAAGUUACGUCGAUUGUUGAAAUCUAAACACCCAUAUGUGGAGCGGAAUCUUGGUGCAGUUGUUAGCAUCAUCAAGCAUUCUAUGCAGAAUGCUGUUGCAUUUGAAGCUGCUGUUCAACAACUUAGAAUGGGGCGUGUGCCAAAUGCAUCAUCAGAACAUGUAGCAGUUAAUGGGGGAGCUGAAGUCUUACCUCCUGAGACUCCUACAGACUUGAAAAUUACAAUUGAUAGCAUAGAAAUCAUAGAUGGUGGCAUGGGGGGACCUGAUAGGAUAACUGCGCAACCUGCUUCUCCUCAACAGAAAGAGGAAUCAUUAAAGUUUGGAAGCAGUAUUACCGGAAUUGAUGCAGACAAAAAACAAGAAAGAUUCCCUUGCAAGCCAGAUGUGAACGGUAUGUCAAUGUCCGUGAGAGAAAGUCUUGCCAUCUCAGGGCAGAUUGGAGACGCAAAUGCUUGCCCAGUUAUUCGACCUUCGGCAAUGAUUGGUACUGGAGCAACUGUUCAGGUUUUAAAGAAACCAAGCCGUGGCUUUGGGGCACUUCUGGGGAAUGCUGCCACAAAGAAGAAAUCUGAUAUUGAUAAAAAGGAGAAGGAAGAGAGUAAGUUGGAGCAGAUCAGAUCUUCAGUGAAUCUUUCAUUUCACUCAUUAUUGGGUUCAGAGGAGCAGUCAAAACCUGCAACGGAGGAGCAGUCAAAACCUGCAACGAAGGAGCCAACUAGAGCACCGGAAGUUUCACAACCUGAAGAACCUCAUACCGCGGUACCUACUGAAUCAACUUCGGAAGAUAUUAUAAUCUUGGAAGAUAAUUCAAAUAAACAUGAAUCGAUUGAUGGCAGAGGUAGCCCAGACAUAACUGAUACACCCGGGGAGGAGAGUUAUGUGGUACCUUGCUCUGAAACAAAUAAGGAAGAUGAGACAAUGUCACUAUCUGAAUUAUCUACAAGCUUCCAGCAGUGCUUCCAGUCUAUUAAUCAAAACAGAAAAGCGGUUAAAGUCAAGAAAUCAAAAGAACCGAGUGGUCUUUUGCAAAUAAAGCCAUUUGAUUAUGAAGCAGCCAGGAAAGAGGUUAAAUUUGGAGAAGAUGCAGAGGAAGAAUCAGUUGGCCAAGUAAAUUCUGCUGGUAAGAAGAAAAGUUCAGCAGUUGGCCGACUGCAAAUAGACGAUGGGACUAAACAAUUUCCUCAAGCUAGACGACGUGCAGCUUUUCCUGCUUCUGGGAAUAGAAGUGCAACUUUCCGAUGAGUCUCCGAUGAUGAAUCAUAAUCCUGUAAGACAAAUGAAAAAGAAAUUUGAUUUUGCAAAUAUAGUGAUUAAAAUAUUGAUCAGUAGAAAAGAUCAAAAUCUUGUUUUCAAGUUAAUAUAAAUUUUCAGUUUGGACUA